AUUUGAUAUAAAUAUUUUCAAUUAAUUUGCUUAUAUAUAAGUUUUUUUUAUAGAUACAGUGGCAUCUUUAGUCACUGUACAAAUAGUCAAUUUCGUUUGUUUCUGAAUAUGUAAUUCGAAAUAAGCAAUUCAAUAAAAAAAUGUUUGACAUUUGCAUUGAAGUUUACAAUUAUAACGUAUGAAUGCUUGCCACGUGGAACUUAAUAUAUAUUUGAAAUAUUGUGUAGACUUUAAAUAUGUACUUAUAUUUGUAAAUAUGUAAAUAUACAAUAUACACGUUCGAGGUCAAUGUAAAAUUUAUUAAAUGAAAGUUAGUAGAAUUUAGUUAGAAAAUAAAUGUUAUAUAUUCAUCAUAUUUGAAUUUUAAGAAUUGUUAAAAUGUUACGAAGACGAAAUGUUAAUAUUAAAACUGUCAAAGAAUUGGAUGCAUUUCCUAAAGUUCCUGAACCAUAUGUAGAUAAAACUGCAGUUGGAGGAACAUUCUCUAUAUUUACAAUCUGCACUAUUGCAUAUUUAAUAAUAGCUGAAACAAGUUAUUAUCUUGAUAGCAGAUUGCAAUUCAAAUUUGAAACUGAUACAGAUAUUGAUGCAAAAUUAAAAAUAAAUAUUGAUAUAACUGUUGCUAUGCCAUGUGGUCGUAUUGGUGCUGAUGUUUUAGAUUCCACAAAUCAAAAUAUGGUUGGACAUGAAUCAUUAGAACAAGAAGAUACAUGGUGGGAAUUAACCCAAGAACAAAGAUCUCAUUUUGAAGCUUUAAAACACACAAAUUCUUAUUUAAGAGAAGAAUAUCAUGCAAUCCAUGAAUUAUUAUGGAAAUCAAAUCAAGUUACUUUAUAUAGUGAAAUGCCAAAACGGACUCAUCAACCUAUUUAUGCACCAAAUGCAUGUCGUAUUCAUGGCAGUUUAAAUGUUAAUAAAGUUGCUGGAAAUUUUCAUAUAACUGCUGGAAAAUCAUUAUCUAUUCCUAAAGGACAUAUACAUAUUUCGGCUUUUAUGACUGAAAAAGAUUAUAAUUUUACUCAUAGAAUAAAUAAAUUUUCAUUUGGUGGGCCUAGUCCAGGUAUUGUUCAUCCAUUAGAAGGGGAUGAAAAAAUUGCUGAUAAUAAUAUGCUUUUAUAUCAGUAUUUUGUGGAAGUAGUUCCCACAGAUAUACAAACUUUAUUGAGUACUUCCAAAACUUAUCAAUAUAGUGUAAAAGAUCAUCAAAGACCUAUUAAUCAUCAAAAAGGAUCUCAUGGAAGUCCAGGAAUUUUUUUUAAAUAUGAUAUGAGUGCACUUAAAAUAAAAGUUACUCAACAACGUGAUACAGUAUGUCAAUUUUUAGUGAAAUUAUGUGCCACUGUUGGAGGUAUUUUUGUUACAAGUGGAUUAGUGAAGAAUAUUGUACAAAGUUUUUGGUAUGUUGUUUGUUGCAAAUUUUUAGCAAAUAAAGAAAAUAAAAAUGACCAAAUAUGUUCUAUUAAUUCAAAUUAUCAAAUGAUUGCAACAAUAAAUCUUCUGAAUGUUCCAGCACCAGAAAAUGUGGAUAUUAUGUUUAAACCUCAAUAAAAAUAAUUUUUUAAUUUAAUAUUCUUAAAUUAAUCAAAUUUUAAAAACAGAUAAUAAUAAUCUUGUAUAUAUAUUAAUAAAAUUAGCAAUUUUAUAUUCA